AUGGUCAAACCUCUCACCUUCAAGGGGGACAAGAAGCCCAAGAAGAGAAAGCGGGCAGCCGCUGACGGCGGGGAGGGCGCAGCUGGCGGCUCCAAAGACCGAGCGCUUGUCGCGGCCACCGCCGAGGAAGAAGCCGCCAACGACGACAGCUGGGUGUCCGCCGACUCGGUCGGGGACAUCUCCGGCCCGGUCAUGAUCGUCCUGCCCACCGAGAAGCCGUCGGCCCUCUCGUGCGACGUCAACGGCAAGGUCUUCGCCAUCGACAUCGAGAACAUCGUCGACGCCAACCCGGCGAGCUCGGAGCCCCAUGACGUGAGGCAGGUCUGGGUCGCGAACCGCGUCGCGGGGACGGAGAGCUUUCGGCUGAAGGGCCACCAUGGGAAGUACCUCUCUUGCGACAAGAUCGGCCAGCUGUCCGCCGGCGCAGACGCCGUCUCGCCCCUCGAGUCGUUCAACAUCAAGCCCGACGCCGAGACCGGCAAGUUCCAGCUCACGACCCUGCGCGACACGUACAUCUCGGCCAAGACGUCCGAGUCCAACGGCAAGCCGGGCGUGCAGGUGCGCGGCGACGCGGAGGCGGAAUCCGUCAGCACCACCGUCCGGGUGCGGAUGCAGGCGCGGUUCAAGCCCAAGCUCAAGGCGUCCAAGGAGGAGAAGCUCCAGUCCAAGAUCAGCCGGCGGGAGCUGGAGGAGGCGGCCGGGCGCAGGCUCGAGGAGGACGAGGUGAGGAUCCUGAAGAGGGCGAGGAAGGAGGGGGAUUACCAUGAGAGGUUGCUGGAGAUCAAGGUCAAGAACAAGCACGACAAGUUUGGUUGA